AUGGAUCAUCGGAUCCGCACGUCAUUAAUCGCGUGGCAUCCCGGAUCCGUAUCCCGAGUGGAUACAAAAGUCGAAGGGCUAUGGAAAAACCAAGUGCAACAAGGCUGCGCUGCACCGAACGGAUCACCGGAUCCGCACGUCAACCAAUCCUGGCGAGGCACGAAUUCGAAGUCUACCGGUGGUAAGGCACCGAGGAAACAACUUGCUACAAAAGCAGCAAGGAAAAGUGCUCCUGCUACUGGUGGAGUAAAGAAGCCUCAUCGUUAUCGUCCUGGUACUGUUGCGCUUCGGGAAAUCAGGCGAUACCAGAAGAGUACUGAGUUGCUCAUCCGCAAGUUGCCCUUCCAGCGUUUGGUUCGUGAGAUCGCACAAGACUUCAAAACCGACCUGCGUUUCCAGGGCUCAGCUGUGAUGGCCUUGCAGGAAGCCAGUGAAGCUUACUUGCGGAUCACCGGAUCCGCUGCGGACUGUUCUGACUGGCUCCCCCGUUUCCCUGCUCACCACUGCGUUCGCCGCUCCCGAGCCGGCUCUCAAAUCAACAUGACUGGACGCGGUAAAGGCGGCAAGGGACUUGGAAAGGGAGGCGCCAAGCGUCAUCGCAAGGUUCUCCGAGAUAAUAUUCAGGGUAUUACUAAGCCUGCAAUCCGUAGAUUGGCAAGGCGUGGUGGUGUCAAGCGUAUCUCUGGUCUCAUAUAUGAAGAGACUCGCGGUGUCCUGAAGGUUGGAAGAAGAAACAUGUCGAAUCGUGGUAAAGGCGGCAAGGUUAAGGGGAAGAGCAAGACCCGCAGCAACCGUGCGGGGCUUCAAUUCCCUGUUGGACGCAUCCAUAGGCUUUUGAGGAAAGGAAAUUACGCCGAACGCGUUGGUGCAGGAGCUCCAGUUUAUCUUGCAGCUGUUAUGGAGUACUUGGCAGCUGAGGUACUGGAAUUGGCUGGUAACGCUGCCAGAGACAACAAAAAAACCCGCAUCAUUCCAAGACAUCUUCAAUUGGCUAUCCGCAAUGACGAGGAAUUGAACAAGCUGCUUUGUGGGGUCACAAUUGCCCAAGGUGGUGUUCUGCCAAACAUACAGGCAGUCCUUUUGCCAAAGAAGACUGAGAAGCAGAAAGCGUUGGGCUUGGCUCUCCACCGUUGCCGUCGCAUUGCACUACCGGAUCCGAGUUCCGCUGCUGUGAUUGGCCUGACGCGAGCGGGAACAGACGGGCGUGCGGCCCGCGGAUCCAUCUCUUUAGUAUAA